UGAGACAAACAGACGCAGAGGUGACCAGCCAAGAUCAGAUUGGAAUCUAUAGACUAAAAAGAAGAGAAUUAAUAUCUGUGUAAGUCCGUAUAGGCCUGUGUACCUGAAGUGAUUCUAAGGACACAGUAUAGCUAGUGUUUGAAGUAUGCUGGCCAGAGGACUAAGCUGUGUGUUUGUCGUGGCUCUUGGGUUGGCCCUUGGGCUCAGCGUCGCUGGGGCUGAGACCCUCAGGGAGCGCGCUCUUCGACUGAUGGCCGAGACUCCACUCAUAGACGGUCACAAUGACCUUCCCUGGCAGAUGAGGAAACGAUUCAACAACCAGCUGAACAAAGUAGACCUGAAGACCCUGGAGGGCACACACACCAACAUCAACAAAAUCAAGGAAGGACGACUGGCUGCACAGUUCUGGGCUGCCUAUGUACCCUGUGAGACACAAUACAAAGAUGCUGUUCGACAAACACUGGAACAAAUUGAUAUCGUCCACAGAAUGUGCAGCAAAUACCCCGACGACUUCAUGUUUGCCACUAGUAGUAAAGACAUCAUGACAGCCUUCAAUCAGAGUAAGACAGCCAGUCUGAUUGGCAUUGAAGGAGGGCACUCGAUCGACAGCAGCCUGGGAACUCUCCGCACCAUGUAUCAGCUGGGGGCCCGCUACCUCACCCUCACCCACAGCUGCAACACGCCCUGGGCUGACAACUGGCUGGUGGACACCGGAGAUGACCCUGUGGAGCACAAUGGCCUGUCUCCAUUCGGCAAGUUACUGAUUAAGGAGAUGAACCGUAUUGGGAUGCUGAUAGACUUGGCUCAUGUCUCAGAAGCGGUCAUGAAUCAAGUCCUGGACAUCUCCACGGCCCCUGUUAUCUUCAGCCACUCUUCUGCUUACGCAGUGUGCCCACAUAAGAGGAAUGUUCCGGACAGCGUGCUCAAGAGGGUGGCAGAAAAACAGGGGAUUGUAAUGGUGAACUUCUACAAUGAUUACGUUACCUGCAGUCCAACAGCUAACAUAAGCGAUGUUGCAAACCAUUUCGACCACAUAAAAAAUGUGGCUGGCAGCUCUAUCAUUGGUUUUGGAGGGGACUAUGACGGUGUUGGAAGGGUUCCUGAGGGACUGGAGGACGUGUCUAAGUACCCCGCCAUAGUGGAGGAGCUGCUGAGAAGAGGCUGGACAGACAGCGAUGUGAAAGCUGCACUUGGAGAAAACCUGCUAAGAGUAUUUAAGAAGGUGGAGGAGGUGCGUGACAGUUCAAGCUCCCCGCCAGACGACACUCCCAUCUCACUAGAUGAGGUGAAGAACCCUUGCAGAACAGACUACGGUUACCCCACCCCCCCAGGCAAUGCAGGCCCUCGACUUGCCCACACUCCCCCAGCCUUGAUUCUCUCUCUGAUGCUGCUCAUUGCUUUGUUGGCCAAGUCAUUCUGAGCCACUCACCCCAACCCCCACCCCCUAGUGGAUAGUCUUGGGAGUGGCAACUUUGUAUUUCACCAUCCGGCUCUUAGAUGACACUGGCUUUCGGACUGUGUUCACAGGUCUUUUGCUGAUCUCCCAAUGAUCUGCUUAUUUAAGCAGGAGGGACUGUUUUGCUGCCUGACUUAAAACUCAUCUCCGUUUAAUUAUGGCAAUUUGUAUGUUUUUAUCCCAUUGCCACAUUUUGUCAAUUAUAAUAUACUGUACUUUUACAUGUUUCAAAUUUCAGCCAGUAGCACAAAAAAUAAAUCAUGCAAUGCUUUCUACAGCUGCUGGUCUGAAUUCAGUUCAGUUGUAGCAGCAAUACAAAAGA